AUGGCACUGACAUCUUUACUGCUUAAGGCGCUGGGUCUCGCGGCAAUCGUAUUGGCCAUACAGUAUGUUACUGCAUAUCUGAGGUCACCGCUGAAGAGGAUCCCUGGUCCGUUCCUGGCCAAGUUCUCAAACGUAUGGCGCUUCUGUAAUCAUUACGGGCAGACGCAUAUCGAGACGCAGAAAGCAUUGCAUCACAAGUAUGGUGACGUGGUCCGCCUCGGUCCGAAUACUGUCAGUGUUGCAGACGCAAGUCUGCUCAAAACUAUCUACUCCACUCGAGGCACGUUCUUGAAGGUAUUAAACGAUGCUCUUCAAAAUGGUCAUCUCCUACAGAACUUGUUCAGCACACGCAACAAUGAGUUUCACGCUAAAGGGCUUAGACCCGUUCAGAAACUGUACAACUAUCAGAGUGCUUUACAGCUCGAGCCGCUGAUGGACGAUGACCUUCGUACCUUCGGGAACGAGCUCGAGCGUAGGUUCAUGCGUGGUGAGAACAAAGGUAAAACAUGUGACAUUGGCGACUGGAUCUCGUACUUUGCUUGGGACUUCCUCGGGGACAUGACCUGGAGUAAGCGCAUGGGCUUCAUGGAGCAGGGUAAAGAUAUUGGCGGUAUGUUGCAGACUGCCGAAAACGUCAUGAGGUACUUCUCUGUAGUCGGGCAAGUCCCAGCGCUUGACAAGUUGCUCGGCAAGAACCCCUAUCUGACCAAGCUCUACAAGUUCGACGAUGUCGGCGUUGCCGCAGGCUUCGCAGUAGAACGCUUCAUGGAGCGCAUGCAAAACCUCGGCGACUUCAAAGACAAAAAAGACUUCGUGAACGGCUUCCUGGCCGCGAAAAAAGAACGCCCCGACCUCGUCAGCGACAACGAAGUCAUCGGCUACAUGGUGCUCAACAUCCUCGGCGGCGCAGACACCCUCUCCAUCUGUACAAAAGCCAUCUUCUACCACCUCCUCAAGUCGCCCGCCGCCAAAGCAAAGCUCGUGCAGGAACUCCACAGCGCCUGUCUGCCCAGCCCGGCGCCCUACCAGGCCCUCGAGAAACUUCCGUAUCUGGAGGCCUGCAUCAAGGAGGGCCUCCGCAUCCACCCCGUCGUCGGCCACAUCCUCGAGCGCGUUGUCCCUGCAACAGGCAUGACGCUGCCAGAUGGCACUAUUCUGCCCCCGGGCACGAUUGUGGGCGCUAAUCCGUGGAUCAUGCACACCGACAAGCGGAUCUUCGGCGACGACGCCGAGCAGUACCGUCCCGAGCGAUGGCUCCAGGGCGAGACUGAGAGCGCAGACGCGUACUCGGCCCGCCUGAAGAUGAUGAAGGAUGCUGACUUGGCGUUUGGCGGUGGCAACCGUGUUUGCUUAGGACGUCCGCUCGCGAUGGUCGAGCUGAACAAGGUGUUGGGCUUUGUGUUUGGGAAUUAUAAUAUUGAGCUUGAGGAUCAGACCAAGGAGUGGGAUUUGAACAAGCAGUGGUUUGUCUGGCCGCAUGACAUCAAGGUCAAGAUGAGUCCGUUUGAGAAGGCGUAGGUGUUGGAGAAGGGGUGUGUGAGAUGAAGACGAGUUCCGGCAGAUGAUUGAUAAUGACGCUACAUAUCGGUAAUAUUGGAUAGUCUCGGCAUGCGACAGGUAUGAGUUCAUGCAUUUAUGAUUGAUUACUACAUAUCAUUACUACAUACGGUCAUUAUUACAUA